AUGACUAAGAAGACAAUCUCCUGGAAGGAAGGGACAAAUUGUUGUUUGUGGGAUGGGGUUAAGUGUGAUACCGAAACAGGGAAUGUGAUUGCCCUUGAUCUUAGCUUCAGCUGCCUUGUGGGUCCUCUCCACUCUAACAGCACCCUCUUCCUUCUCCCCCAUCUCCGUAACCUUAACCUUGCUGGGAAUCAUUUCAACAUGUCCCCGAUUGCAUCCCAGUUUGGUCAGUUGACUAGUUUGAUCCAUCUAAACAUCUCUGAAUCAGGAUUUAUAGGUAAAAUCCCCCUUGCAAUCUCACAGCUUUCUAAACUGUUGUCCCUCGACCUAUCCGAAAAUCAUGAUUUGAUCUUUGAAGGGCAUGUCUUUGAAAAUGUCGUGAAAAACUUGACGCAACUAAGACACCUUCAUCUCUCAUAUAUCAAUAUGUCUUCAGUUGCACCUACCUCUUUCAUUAACAUGUCUUCUUUCAUAACAACUCUUAUCCUUGAGGAGAAUGGACUUCAAGGGAAGUUCCCCGAAGAUGUUUUCCACUUUCCAUUCCUGCAGAAGUUCAAUCUUUUUGAGAUUGACAACCAACUAGAACUCAAGUUCCCAAAGACAAAUUGGAGUGGUCCCCUCAAGUCAUUGUUAGUCUCUGCAUAUUUGCAGGAACUACCUGAUUCAAUUGGCAAUCUUAGAUCUUUGGAAAUAUUGGAGCUUCUCAAUGGUAAUUUCAAAGGGCCAAUUCCAGCAUCUCUCGGAAACCUCACACAACUUGAACAUCUAUAUCUUUCCUCUAAUAACUUUGCUGGUCCUAUUCCAUAUUCAAUAUUCAACCUCACUCAAGUUCAGUUUCUAGAUCUUUCGGGAAACAAGUUGGUGGGUUCCCUUCCAUCAAAAGUGAGUGGGCUUUCACAACUUAGUAUUCUACGCCUUGAUCACAACUUUCUCAGUGGCAGGGUACCAUCCUGGUUGUUCUCUCUUCCAUCUUUAGUUGAGUUAAUGCUUAACAGUAACAAGCUGAAUGGCACCUUUGAAUUGGACAAACUAUCAGAGAUCAGCAAACUUGAGCAGCUCUCUCUCUCAGAUAAUGCUUUGUCAUCAUUCACCAGUACAAGCAAUGCCAAUUACUCUUUGCCUAAUCUUGUGAGUUUAGAACUAUCUUCUUGCAACAUCAGCGAAUUUCCAAAUUUUGUAAGAAAUCUAGAAGGUUUGUACUUUCUAAACCUUUCUUACAAUAGAGUUCAUGUUAUCGAGGCAGAUAUGUUUCUAAAGCUUAAAGGCCUUGAGGUUUUGGAUCUUUCACACAACAUUCCGCUGUUUGUGAGAAACAAUAGCGAGGUUGAUCUUGUUUUGCCCUUAUUUGUCGAAUUGUCAUUGUCUUCUUGUAAUAUAACUGAAUUGUCAAAUUUCUUGACAACACAAGAGAGUUUGAAUUUUUUAGACCUUUCAAACAACAACAUUCAAGGCCAAGUUACAGAACAAGAAAACAAUUGGGGAAGCAACCUAGUGGAUCUUGAUCUUUCUAAAAAUUUGUUGACAGCUCUAGAAUAUUAUCCAUGGAAGAGUAUUGAAAUUCUUGACCUUGGCUCCAACCUGCUAGAAGGGCCACUUGUAACACCACCACCUUCCACGAUGGUUUUCUUAAUCUCAAACAACAGAUUAAAUGGAGAAAUUCCAUCUUCGAUAUGCGAUCCAGCGCGUUCGGAUUACCUUCUUAUUCUCGACUUGUCCUAUAACAACUUGAGUGGAGCAAUCUCAAAAUGUCUGGGCUUGAGACACCUUGCAGGUUUAAAUUUGCAAGGGAAUAGUUUCCAUGGAAACGUCCUUGAUUUUUGUGUUGAGAGAAAUUCCGUGUUAGAAAGUCUUAACCUUAACAAGAAAGAUUUUGAUGGGUCCUUGCCUAAAUCCUUGGCCAAUUGUUCUGGUUUAGAAGUGUUGAAUCUUGGAAACAACAAGAUAAAUGACACAUAUCCCUAUUGGUUGGGAGAUCUUCCUGGGCUAAAAGUUCUUGUGUUGCGCUCCAACUAUUUUCAUGGUCAAAUAGCCCAUUCUGCAAAUAAGUCGCAUUUCUCGAAUCUGCAAAUUUUAGACCUCUCGCAUAAUAUGUUCUCUGGUUUUCUGCCAACAACAUACUUCACAAAUUUCAAAGGUAUGAUGAAUUUGGCCAAUGUUGAUAUGGCUUAUAUGGGAGGUCCUUCUCAAUAUUACACAGAUUCCAUAGUUCUCACAAUGAAAGGUGAGGAGAUUGUGCUAGAGAGAAUUCUAACUAUUUUUGCAGCCAUCGAUAUGUCAAGCAACAGAUUCGAAGGAACAAUUCCAGAAACAGUUGGAAACCUUAUUUCUCUCAUAGUGCUCAACUUCUCUCAUAAUCACUUAACUGGUCAUAUUCCUUCCUCAUUAGGGAAUCUGGCAGCACUGGAGUCACUAGAUCUCUCGUGCAACAGACUUGUUGGCGAGAUACCUUCACAAUUGACUGGUUUGAAUUUUCUUGAAGUGUUAAACCUGUCAGACAACCACCUUGUCGGUCUCAUACCUCAGGGAAAACAAUUCAACACCUUUCUCAACGAUUCCUACGUCGGCAAUACAGGAUUGUGUGGGUUUCCCGUGUCAAAAGGCUGUGGCCGUAGUGAUCCACCGCCAGCAAUUUAUGAUGAACGGGAAGUUGACUCUGCAUUUGGAUUGAAUGGGAAAUUUGUAAUGAUGGGUUAUGGAUGUGGAUUGGUUUUUGGAUUUUCAGCUGGAUACAUCAUGAUGACAAUUCGGAAACCAAAAUGGCUUGUCGGGAUGAUUCAACGAGCAGGCAACAGAGUUCUUAGGAGAUUCAAGAAAAAUCGUUGA